AUUUACAGCUUUAAUAUUCAGGCACGUACGUAGAAAAAAUUCAGUGACUGUUUCGUUUGCCUUAAUCUUACCUUAACUCACCUUUUCUGCUACUGUACAAAAUAUUUGUUUUAAUUUGAGGUUAGAGAUGUUUUAAGUUGUUUUUUUAUUUUUUCUUAAGAAUAUUUGAGCGAAAUGGUUCAAAGGAUUUGCAUGGCGUCCGAUUUCUUUUUUCCGAAUAUGGGUGGCGUGGAAGAGCAUAUUUAUAAUUUGUCUCAGUGUUUGUUGUUAAAGGGACAUAAAGUAAUAGUUAUGACACACAGUUAUGAAGAUCGAGUUGGCAUACGAUAUAUGACCAAUGGGCUGAAAGUUUAUUAUUUACCUAUUAAAAUAUUCUACAAUCAGUGUGUGUUGCCCACAAUGAUUUGUAAUAUUCCUCUAAUCAGGUAUAUUUUUCUUCGAGAAAGAAUUGAAAUAAUACAUGGACAUUCAGCUUUUUCUGCAUUAGCCCAUGAAGCAAUGCUGGUGGGCAAACUUUUGGGUUUAAAAACUGUUUUUACGGAUCAUAGUUUGUUUGGAUUUGCCGAUGCUAGUGCGUUAAUAACUAAUAAGCUAUUACAAAUAUCAUUGGCAAGUUGUAAUCACUGCAUUUGUGUGUCCCAUACUGGGAAAGAAAAUACAGUCCUUAGAGGUAGAGUAGAUUGGAAAAGAGUGUCAGUCAUUCCCAAUGCUGUUGAUACUUACUCAUUUACUCCGGAUCCAAGUCAAAGAUCACAAUCACAAAUUACUAUUGUGGUUGUUUCCCGGCUUGUAUACAGGAAGGGUGUCGAUUUAACUGCUCAGAUAAUUGGUGACAUUUGUGAGAAAUAUAGAGAAGUUGAAUUCUUAAUUGCUGGUGAUGGACCUAAAAGAUGGUUACUAGAAGAAAUAAGAGAAAAAAAAGGGCUUCAAGAUAGGGUCACAAUGUUGGGUAGUCUAGAACAUUCUCAAGUAAGAAAUGUUCUUGUAAAGGGUAGUAUAUUUCUAAAUACUUCACUAACAGAAGCUUAUUGCAUGGCUAUUGUGGAGGCUGCAUCUUGCGGGCUGAAGAUUGUCUCUACAAAAGUUGGUGGCAUUCCUGAAGUUUUGCCUGAGGACUUGAUAAUAUUGACAGAACCAAAUGUACCAUCUCUUAUGGAAGGGUUAGAAAACGCAAUUAGAGAUUUGAAAUUAGGUCACUGUGUGUGCCCUUAUGAGUGCAACCGAAGGGUUAGAAAAUACUAUAACUGGGAGAACGUAUCUUCAAGGACGGAAAUAGUUUAUCAAAGGGUCUCACUAGAGGAGAGAAAGGGUUUAAGAUCGAUUUUACAAAGUCACCUUUCAAGUGGAGUUUGGCCUUAUUUAUUGGUUAUAUCCUUAGCACACUUGAUACUUAGGUUCUAUGAGUUUUGGGUACCAAGAAGAGAUAUUGACCUCACAAAAGAUUAUAUCGUAAGAAAUCACAACAAAGUUAAGGAAAAAUGAAGUCUUUA